UUUAACCUGGCCUCAGCGGCAGCUCCGUCAGCUCCGUCAGCUCCUCCACCAGUACAGACAAGCUGCACACACACACACACACACACACACACACACACAGGGACAGACGGAGAGCCGGCUGCCAGGCAGACAAACAGGCGCACAAUCACAAGAAGGGGAAAAAGGAAACAACCAUGGGCUGCUGUAACAGGGGGUGUGGAUUCCUCGCCGGAGCUGCGUUUGGAGCCGUGUUGGCCAUCCUGGGAGGCGUCCUCAUCCCGCUGGGGGACAGCAUCAUUGAGGGAACGGUGAAGAAGGAAGCCGUCAUCGAGAAUGGGACGACAGCUUAUGAGAACUGGGAGACGACAGGGUCGGCCGUGUACAGGCAGUUCUGGUUCUUGGAGGUGAAGAACCCUCAGGAGGUCUUGGACGGUGGAACUCCGGUGGUUCAGGAAAAGGGGCCGUACACGUACAGGACGAGAUAUCUCCCCAAACAGGACAUCAGGUUCAACCCCAACCAAACUGUCUCCUACGUCCAGCCUUUGGGCGCCAUCUUCGAGCCGUCCAUGUCCGUGGGUUCAGAGGAAGACAAAGUGACCUCCCUCAAUCUGGGGGUCGUUGGAGCGUUCAAACUGCUGCCGCCUAAAAUCCUGAAUGUCUUGAUAAAAAGGACCAACUCGUCGUUGUUCCAGCGCCGCACGGUCCGGGAGAUGCUGUGGGGCUACAAGGACCCCAUCUUUAAAUUCCUUGUGGGCGUGUUUGUACCUUACAACGGAAGCGUCGAUGGCAACUACACAAUUUAUAACGGAAAAGACGACAUCUCCAAAGUGGGAAUCAUUGAUCGGUGGCGUGGUGAGACGAGUUUGCCUUUCUGGAACGACACGUACUGCGACAUGAUCAACGGCACAGACGCUUCCUCUUUCCCUCCCUUUGUGAACAACGAGAAGCCGCUCUUUUUCUACUCGUCAGACAUCUGCAGGUCUGUGUCGGCCACCUUUGAGAGGACAGUCAACGUGAAAGGGAUCGACAUGUUCCAUUUCACCCUCAAUCCGUCCACCCUGGCCUCUCCGACAGUAAACCCAGACAACAGGUGUUUCUGCCCGGACCCAAAAGUGAGCAAGAACUGCACCUUGGCCGGAGUACUGGACAUCAGCGCCUGUCAGGACGGGAAACCGAUAUACAUCUCCCUGCCCCACUUCCUUCACGGCAGUCCGUCCCUGAGAGAAGACGUGCUCGGUCUAAACCCCAGUGAGGAACACCAUAACACCUUCCUCGACGUUGAACCGAUAACCGGGUUUACCAUGAAGUUUGCAAAGAGGAUUCAAGUGAACAUGAUGUACGGCCCAUCCAAGGACAUCACGAUUUUUAACAAAGUCAAGGAUUAUACUGUGUUCCCCAUCGUUUGGCUGAAUGAGACGGCUGAGUUGGACGACGAGACGGCCGACAUGUUCAAAUCGGAGAUCACCGGACGUAUCCAGAUACUGAAGACCUUACAGAUGGUGCUGCUGGGCGUCGGUUUGGCCACAUUCGUCAUUUGCCUGAUCUGCUACUGCGUCGUGAGGAGCAGAAACAACAAGAGCGCCACCGUGUGACGCCCUGGAGCACGAGCUGCCGCGGGGACGUCAAACCUCUCGAUGUAGACUUGCACUUUUGUUGUGUAAUUUUUCGUGUUAUUUAUAAUGUUGUUUCCUUUCAUAGCAACACUGUGAUUCGUGUACAGCUCCAGAGCUGAAUCACUUUGCCGAGCUUUCGUUAACUCAAUCAGGAAUUUCUCAAGGGAGAGCAGGUGGACACUCAUUCUACUGCAUAUGGAACAAAUGUGUUUGACAUCCCAUUAAAAAAGAAACACACACACAGAAAAUGUUCCCGUUCUUCGCCGAACACGUGAAUAAAAGCUCAGAUCAGCGAGUUUUUAUGAAAACUUCAGCUCAGACUCAAACAAACAUUUGCUUUGUGUGCGGUCAAGCACGACUAUUCAGUUUCCUCUUCAGCUCGAGGGCUCAAUAAAUCAAACAAGCAAUAAAAA